AUGGAAGGUGGAGAAUCGUCACCAUUGCUGUUAAUCAAAGAGGAGAAGUUGGAAGAGGAUCUUAAUCAAAAGCCAGGGGAAGGCUCUUCAUUUGCAGACACCUUCUUAGAAGUCAAGGCAGAACCAGAAUAUUUUGACAAUGGUGAAUUCGAUGUGAACUGUUCAUCCCAAACUAUUAAGGAUGAAGAGGACAGCUCUCCAAGCUGUGAUGAUGAAAGGGAAAAGAAGAUUAUCUGUAUUGCAGAAGAAAAUAGACAUUUGGGAGAGAAGCCAUAUACCUGCUCUAUAUGUCAAAGAAGUUUUUCUCAACCACAUCAUUUCAACACUCACAUGAGAACCCAUACGGGGGAGAAACCAUUCACUUGCUCUGUAUGUCAAAGAAGUUUUUAUGAAUCUGGUACUCUCACAAAACACAUGAGAACUCAUACAGGAGAAAAACCUUUUAGUUGCUCUAUAUGUCAAAAAAGUUUUUCUCGUCAAAGUCAUCUCAAAAGACACACGAGAACUCAUACAGGAGAGAAACCAUUCACUUGUUCUGUAUGUCAAAGAAGUUUUUCCCAGUCAGGUGAUCUCACAAAACACAUGAGAACUCAUACAGGAGAGAAACCUUUUAGUUGCUCUAUAUGUCAAAAAAGUUUUUCUCAAUCAGGUGAUCUCAGAAGACACGAGAAAUCCCACUAG